AUAGAAACCCAUAAAGCACCAUGGCUGCCGCCGGCCAGGCAGAGGAGUGUUUACCACUGCCGGCGGCAGAAUCAUCCAAGACGUCCUUACCUACACCACCAGCAGUUCCCGCAGGAAAGAAGCCAAAGAAAUGUCUGGUGUAUCCACAUCCGCCUAGGAGCUCCCGCCUGAGUCGUUCUGUCCUGCGCUGGCUCCAGGGCCUAGAUCUCAGCUUCUUCCCUAGGAAUGUCACCAGGGAUUUUUCAAAUGGCUACCUAGUUGCAGAGAUAUUCUGUAUUUAUUAUCCCUGGGACCUUCGAUUAUCAUCCUUUGAAAAUGGAACCUCCUUAAAAGUCAAGUUGGAUAACUGGGCACAGAUAGAGAAGUUUCUAGCGAAAAAGAAGUUUAAACUACCUAAAGAACUAAUCCAUGGAACAAUUCACUGUAAGGCUGGGGUACCUGAAAUACUGAUACAGGAGAUUUACACUUUACUAACACAUCAAGAAAUUAGAAGUAUCCAGGAUGAUCUCGCUAAUUUCACAGACUAUAUUUACCAAAUGCGUUUGCCCCUGGUUCCUAGGAAUACAGUAUCAAAAUCUAUUAAGAAUAACAUUAGGUUGUCGGAACUACUAAGCAAUCCUAAUGUACUCAGCAAUGAACUCAAGAUAGAAUUCCUCAUCCUUUUGCAAAUGCUGCAAAGAAAAUUAAGCAGAAAACUGAAUCCAGGGUGGUUUGAUGUCAAGCCAACUGUGGGAGAAAUCACAAUCGACCGUCUUCCUGCCCAUAGCUAUAAGCGCAGAUACAAGUCAAGAGGUUCAAAGGAGAAAGCUGCACAACCUUUAUCAAAAUCAGACAAUGAUGGCAAUGCACGGAAAGAAAUCCAUGUGAAGCAAAGUGGAAAUCCUUGUGAGAACACUGAAAACCUGUGACAAAUGUGGAAGAGACAGUGAAGGACAUGGAGGAAGUAGCUUAGAAGAAGUGAUAUCACUAAUGUCUACCACAGUCUGAGUAUAUAAUGUCUCACCCCAGUCUUGGAUGUAUUUAAAUAAUAAAUAACUUAAAUUGGUGUCUUAACCAU